UUCAGCAAACAACAAUAUUAUAAUAAUAUUAUAACGUCGUUGUCCACCGCCGCGGCCCACGUGCCGACGACUUUGCCUCCCGACCACGUCCUCUUUUGCAUGUCCGGGCCGAUUCAGUGUUCGAACCGCACUCGACGGUGCAAGUUGUAUACGCGAAAUACGAUAUACUGCAGUAGUUGUGAUUCGCGCACACGUGUUGCCGACGGUGGGUAACGAUCACUGUCAUUGUCGUUGUCGUUGUCGUGUUUCGCAGACUUAGUAGGCAUUCCAGCCUACCACCGCCGCAAAGUCUUCCCCUUUGGCUGAACUGUUUUGGCACUCGUAUCGCCAACCUCCGCUGACUACGAGAGUACGAAACGGCGACGACUGCAACCGCGACAAUCCAAACAGCUUUCAUUGUACGAGCACCUGCGCAAAACGGUGGCGAGGACAACGAAAGGCACGACCACUGUAGAAAAAGUAUAUCACCGUGAUCAUGGCGUCGUCGCCUUUACGGGCACCGGCGGCGGCUGGUCAACAGCAAUCGAGAUUGAUGGACAUGCAAAAAAAGUUCCAGCAGAGGCAUUUGGCCACCGUGGCGGCUGUCAAAGGCACCGUCGCUGGGUCCACGACGUCGUCAACUACCUCAUCGACCAAGACCACCGGAAGCGGUGAUCUUCCGGUGCCACCUGUCCGGCGGAUUGUCGGUGCAAUCGCCCCUGUGCAGCCGCAGCCGCCUCAGCGCAGGCCAGCAGGAUCCGGAAGUGGCGGCGAUUCUGUCGUACAGGUCGACGUAAAGGGAAAGGUACGACAGCUGUUUGCCGAGCGGAGCCAACAGCAGCAGGGGCCGGGGUACCAGCACCACCAGCAACAGAAAAGGCAGCGGCGGCGUAGUCUGACGGGUCGCGACCGGUCGCGGCCCCUGAGACCGCUGUCCGGUGCGGACGACGAUCCUCUGUGCAAGACGGUCUGCUUUACUGCGGGUGGCGGCGCCGACCUGGUGGGCAUCAGCACCGCGGACGGCGGUGACGUGCGCGGCGAACUUCUCGCGCUGUUCGGCCGGCUGCCCAACCUGGGCGGACAGCUGCUGUCGGAAUCGUUCCGCGGGGGAGCCGGAAAAAUGAAGACUGCCCAGUCGGCGCCCGAGCUCAAGUGGUUACUGGACGGCGGCACCGGACCCGGCAGGGCUGGCGGCGCACACCGGCCACCACAGCCACCCGCGGCUGGACCGGAUAAAGGCGGCGGUGGUCCGAAACGGGCGGCGGCGGGUGCAGGUGACGCCGGUGAUUACGGCGACGGUGAUGGUGGUGACGGUAGUGGUGAUGACGACGGCGACUACGAUCAACGGCAACAGUUGCAGCGACCGGCGGCGCGAAUAAACAGCAAGACCGCGACGGUCGUGAAAAAACCACUGGCCACAGUCAACGGUAACGUUGGCGGCGGUGGCGUGGGCAACGUGGGCCGCAUUGCUAAAAAGCCAAUGGUCGCGUCCAACGACUCCAACAGAUUGCUAUUGCCACCGGUCGUGCAGCCGACGGUGAUUAACGCGUUAGCGGCGGGUGCUGGUGCGGCCGCGGCAGUGGCCAGCGUGAACGCGGCCACGGUGGCCGGCAUCCAGAAACCAUUGGUCAGGGCGGCCAAGGUACCUCAAAAGCCUGCCGCCGCGCGGCGUGUAUCACCACUGCCGGCCCAAACCACCCCCCGACCGCCACCGGUCGUUAAGCGCGCCACGCCGGCCAAGGGGUCAUCACCACGGCCACAACCCCUGAAACCGCAACUGUCCGCCGACAGGGGCCCACCGGCCAAGGGCAUGGCCCGCUGCCCGCUGUGCGCCAGAGACUUUGCGGCUGACAGGCUGCCCAAGCACGAGCAGGUGUGCCGGCGGACGCGUGACCGUGACCGCAAGCGCAAGGUGUUCGACACGAGCAAAAAGCGGCUUGAAGCUGUGGCCGCUGAGGCUGGCGUGGACGUUACGUCGUUCAAGAAAAAGAGCCAAAAAGAGGAUCAGCGGGUUGCCGAGAAGCUCCAGAAGAAAAAGGACGCGUGGCGCAGGAAACACGACCAGCUGUUGCGCAACGUGCGGGCCGCGAGGGCCGUGCAGCGGCACCUGGCAGCGGGCGGCACGGUGAAGGACUUGCCGCCAGAGCUGGAGAACGUGGCGGACCAGGAUGACGAGGUCGACUCGGACCUGGUCAAGUGCCCUCACUGUGGUCGGACGUUCAACGAGGCGUCCGCGGAGAGGCAUAUGCCUUUGUGCGCGGACCGACAGCGGAACGCGGCCGCCCGGAUGCAAAACAACAAGAAACGGUGAAUCUCCCGUUUCCACCAUCGUCGCCACCGCAACAACCACAAGUCUACUAAACAACAAUAUUACUGACAAGAAAUUCAGUGAUGAACUCAAUCGCUACCUAUUGUCAACUUGAUCAUUUCCGUCCAACUUGAAUCAACCCAUAGUCUAUAGACUCAAUGGUAUAUUGAGUACUUACAUUAUCGCGUUUCAUAUUUUAUGAUUUUAUAGUAUAUAAGCUGUCUAGAAAUCGAAUUAUUAUAUUAUACGUCAGGUAUACAAACAGUACACAACGUAUCAACUUUUUUCAGUCAGCUGUUCAAUGGCUGUAAGUUAAAAUAACAAUAUACCGAGUCUGAGUGUACCUCGAACUGUGAAGAUUAUAAAUUAUAAUGACAAAUUAAAAUGUAUUAUGUAAUCGAAAUGGAAAACUGUCUUCAUGAUAGAAUCUAUAUAUUGUAUAAUAUUGCCUACCAUAGUAGUAUUUAAUAAUUAUGUACCUAUUAUUGAUUUUUUUUUUAUUAUUUUAUAAUUAAUGUUAUUUCUAAUUGAUCCAUUGUAACUGUAAUAUUGUUGUAAUUUUGAGGUUGUUUCAUCCAUUUAUCAAUUAAUCAAUUAAUUUGUAAUAAAACAUUUUAUUUUUAUUUUUAAA